AUGGACUCAAAGAUAAGCACAGAAUUAGUGCUCAGGAAUCCAUAUCUGAUCGCAAGAAUAGUGAGCGAACUCGACAUCAGAUCUCUGUUCACAAGUCAUUGUCUCUCAAAAGACUUCUUCUAUGCGUCCGCUUAUGAAUACGAGAAACGCAAACACAUUAUACAUCUCUAUCUUUUGAACCAUCAGUUAGUCAAAGAACAGCCUAUUUAUGACUCCCAACGACUCAUAGAGCUAUUCAAAGACUACAACAAGAGAUGUCUUGAUAUGAGACCAAAACACGUGUUGGUUCUGAUCGGCGGUUAUCGGCAGCCAAUCGAUUACAGACGCAAAGAGAAUAGUGUCCGACAUAUGAGUGCAGGACUUCCCACAGACUGUGACAUCACUUACUUGGAUGUCGGAAAGAUAUUGGCCUCUUCUAUACGGACGAAGAGUUUACUCAAUUUCGGUCUGACAUCACUUUUGAUCCCAGAUAUCGAUGGCAUUGAAGUCAGAUCUUACCACUCGUUGCAAGACGUGGACACUAAGGAUGUGUCGAGUAUUUUAUUCUUCGAGUCCUCCAGAGUUAGGGACAGAACUCCGAAAGGGGUUCUCAGAGAUACACAAACUGUUGGUGCGAUCAAUGGUUUGAUCUCAAGACUUGAUAGGAGUGUCUCUUUCGGUGGCGGAUCAGUAGUCGCCGCCAAAACUCUGUCAAAGUGUCCGUUACUUCUGGACCACAUUAUACUCACUUUUGGUGGACAUCGAGUCCGGACUGGAAGUGCUGUCAUAUCGACAUCAGAUCCGUCAACAUAUUUGUCGCAAUUAUUGCAUUUCAGAAAUAGUUUAGACUUUGAUUGCAAUGAUUACAAGAACUCGACAUCCAUUGCCAUCAUAUUUGCCAAUUCAGAUAACUUUAGCUUUGAGUUCACGACUGAAUUUCAAUCGGUAUUCCCUUUCGUAGGAAUGUUUGGCUUUCAAACAAAGGGUCAUAUAUUAGGCAAACCAUUGGUUUCAAAGGACACCACCGAUGAGCUCAAGGAUUGCAUCGAAAACAUUAAAGGAAUGGCUGCUGAGAGGCUUCGGCGUGAAUACAAGGACUUCAUGUCAGACCCCAACCCCUUUGCAACUGUGGCCCCGACUGAUAACCUGUUGGUUUGGAAAGUUUUCCUGAACGGACCCAAAGAGACCCCAUACGAGGGCGGGAUGUUUGAGAUUGAGCUCCGAUUCCCUGCCAAUUACCCGACCCGCGGGCCGGACAUGAGAUUCAUAACUCAGAUAUUUCACGCAAAUAUUCACUCAAAUGCAAUAUAUGUCUGACACUACUGUCCAAUUGGCGUCCGACCGAUACUGUGAUGACAGUACUACUGGCCCUCAAUAAUCUGUUAGUCCAACCCAAUCGUAACAGCCCUUAUACUGGCCGUGGAUUGACUGAACAGCAGUACAGAGACACC